GGGGAGGAGGGUCACUAACUCCAGGCAGGGCUGCUAAGUUUAUUACAAAGAGGCAAGACUAGAAUAUAUUUCCACUUUAGUGAGUGGAAACCUAAUCAUUCAUUGGUAUCCUGUACACACAGAACAACUAUGAUGAAGAGUGAGGCCUAAAUCAGAGGAGACGAGGACAAUAAUAACAGUAGUAGUGGUCAUGAUGAUAAUAAUAACAACUACCAGACAUGGAGAUUAACCAUGCCUAGCAUUGUGUUAAACGCCUCACUUCUUUCAUUUAAUCCUUACAAUAAUCCAGUGAUGUGGCUGCUAUUAUUUUUAUUAUACAGAUGAAGAAACUGAGGGCUUGAGGGAUAUACUGCUUUGCCAAAGUCAUACAAAUGGUAAAUGCAGAACCAGGAUCUGAAUUCCGGCGGUCUGACUGCAGAGCCCAUGCCGCCAUGGAAGCUGGCGAUACCCAUUAGGCCCUGUCUGGGCAUGAAGAGGAUGUCCUCCCUCAUGAGCUGGAACACAGCAUCCCCUGUUGUGGAUGUGGCUCUCUUAAAGACCAUCUGGUGAAUUUUGCUUGUACUGGUUUCUUAUUAAACAACCUUCAGAUUUGGCUUCACGUGCAACUCACAUAGAGGGAAAGGAGGCCAUGAUCCGCUAACAUGACAGCUGGAUUUUUCAUUAGUAAAUUAGCAAACUGGCUGCCUGGGUCCCCAUGCAUACCUGUUAAGGUGAGCCCACCCCAGAGCCAAAGGCUACCAUGUGCCAAUUAACUGAGAUUCUGAGUGUGCAAGGAUAACCCCUGUCAUGGCCCCGGGUGCCAAGGAAAUCCCUUUUAGCCUCCUCUUGGCAGACUUGGCCAGCUUUCCCCAGUGACAGCCUGGCUCUUUGGAUUCAAGCUGCCUGGUCAGACUGCAAGGGUCAUCUGUACAAAGAAGGAAGCAACAGUGCCAGGUUCCAGCGUGCAUUCCAAGUUCCACAUUCUGUGUGCAGACUCCCAACGCCAGAGCAAAGGCAGGCCCCUGGCAGGGGACUGCUGAGAAAGUGGAACUCCAGAGACACUCCUUUGUCCUAAGUCAAAGGAGCCAAACAGUGUACCAGCUCCCUCUCUGCCAUCCCCUCUGAGAGCAGCCAUGGCCCUGAGUGAUGUCGAUGUGAAAAAGCAGAUUAAGCACAUGAUGGCUUUCAUUGAGCAGGAAGCCAAGGAGAAAGCAGAGGAAAUCGAUGCCAAGGCUGAGGAAGAGUUUAACAUUGAGAAAGGACGCCUUGUGCAAACCCAACGACUGAAAAUUAUGGAGUAUUAUGAGAAAAAGGAGAAGCAGAUAGAGCAGCAGAAGAAAAUCCUGAUGUCCACCAUGAGGAAUCAGGCAAGGCUGAAAGUCCUGAGAGCCCGAGAUGACCUCAUCUCAGAUUUGCUCAGUGCGGCAAAGCUGAGACUCAGCAGGAUUGUGGAGGACCCAGAGGUCUACCAGGGGCUGCUGGAUAAACUGGUGCUCCAGGGUCUGCUCCGACUGCUGGAACCUGUGAUGAUUGUGCGCUGCCGGCCACAGGACCUCCUCCUGGUGGAGGCUGCUGUGCAAAAAGCCAUCCCCGAGUACAUGACAAUUUCCCAAAAACAUGUGGAGGUCCAGAUUGAUCAAGAGGCAUACCUGGCUGUGAAUGCAGCUGGAGGUGUGGAGGUCUACAGUGGCAAUCGGAGAAUAAAGGUUUCAAAUACCUUGGAAAGCCGACUGGAUCUCUCAGCCAAGCAAAAGAUGCCAGAAAUACGAAUAGCCUUGUUUGGUGCUAAUGCCAACAGAAAGUUCUUUAUAUAAGCCUCUGGGAAGUGAAGCUAGUGUUGAACCACUAAACCAUAAAAGUUUAAGUUUUUUGGGGAAAGGAAACUAGUAGUGUUUCCUCCUCUUUGAUGCUCUGAUAUUGUUCUGUUUUUCCUUCAUGAAAUACCCUUUGGAUAGCUAAAGUGUUAACUUUGAAAUAAAGCCCAAAUUAACGCUCAGAA